GAAACAUUCCAACAUGGCUGAGGUCAAAAAACCGACUGUCUUCUGGGGACAAAAUAAAAGCCAAAUUUCUUUGAAAGUUGAUUUGCAAAAUAUUAUUGAUGGUCCUAAUGUGGAAAUCACCGAAGACAAAGUUACGUUCUCAGCAACAACUCGUUCACCAAACAAUGGAAUAAACAAAUACGAAUUUGAAAUCGUUUUUUAUUUACCAAUUGAUCCAGAGAAUUCGACAUGGCAAGCUAAACCUCUUAAUGUUUUAUUUGACCUUCGAAAAGUAGGAGAAGAAACAUGGCAAAGAUUGACUUUUGAACAAAAAAAAUUGUUUUGGUUGAAAAUAGACUUUGACAAAGUUCACUAUAGUGAUUCAGAAGAUGAAAAGAAGCCUAGCUUUGAAGAUUUGAGAAAACUAGAUGAUUUAUUAAAAGACAAUAAAGAAGCAGAUAAAAGUUCUAAAAUUAAAUUUCGAAUAGUUUAUUUAUUCUUAUUUAGUAUGUUUCAAUGGAUUGGAUAUAACUAUGUAAUUCUGGGAUUAUUUGCGUGUAUGAGUGUAAAAAGUUCCGAAGGUUCUUUAAAUCUGGCAUAUAAAUUUGUGGAGAAGCCAUUGAAAUUAUGUCAAAUUGCGUCGUGUAUGGAAAUCGUACAUUCUUUAUUAGGCCUUACAAAAGGAUCUAUCGUUGCACCUUUGAUGCAAGUUUUUGGUCGUAAUUUUGCUUUGUUUGUUGUGUUAUCAUCAGAAGAACGACUACACAAUAAUAGUCUUAAUUGGUAUUUAUUUUUUGCAUGGUCGAUAGUUGAAGCAGUCAGGUUUCCAUACUACAUGUUUACCUUAUUGAAAAAGGAAUAUAAAUGGUUAACUUGGUUACGAUACACCAUAUGGAUUCCAUUGUAUUCUAUGGGUGGAGUAAGUGAAGCUCUUCUCUUCCUAAGAGCGAUUUCGUAUUUCGAAGAAACUGAAAAAUGGUCUAUUUCUCUGCCUAAUGUAUUCAAUUUCUCCUUCUACUUUCCAUAUUAUUUAAAAGUUCAUCUUGUUGGACUUUUUAUAGGAAUUUCAUUUUUAAUGAAACAUAUGAUGGUAGCUAGAAAAAAGAAAUUAGGUGGUGGAAAAGCUAAACUUCAUUAGAAAAAAAUUUGUCUUUUUGCUACUAUGAUGUUGUGCAUGCUAAAAGUUUUAUUUUAAAUUGUUCAUAUCAAAAUUAGAUAGAAUGUAGUAUCAUACAAUAAUUUUAAUUUCUCUUUAUUAUUUUCCAUUUAGUCUGCUGAAGAAACUGUAAAGAAGACAAAUAAGAAGAGGUUAUAGCCUCUUUUUUAAACCUUACAAAACACAUGAAUAAAAUUUCAUUUUCAUAGAAUGAAAGUUUUAAUGAGAUAUGGAAAAUUGUGUUUUAGUAACAAUUUUCUAAAAGUAAUGGAUUUAAUCUUAGUCGGAAUUAACUGUACUUUGAACUACAUUCAAUAAUAAUCCAAAUUUAAAACAUUAAAAUUAGAAUGUAUAGUCUAAUUUUCCGAUUAAAAACAUCAAGUUUGUCUUUAGAAAAUUGAUUUGUCCUCAUUCCUUUCAGAUUAUCACAAACCUAAUAAAUUUCAUUUGCUAUUUACCAUAUAAUUCUAUUAUUCUAAAGUCAUGUGAUAAAACAAAAUACUGAUCAUACUAAAUGUUUAAUUCUUUCGUAAAUACAGACAAACAAAUGCGUUUUAAAAGUUAUUACUUCCGUUUUAAAUACAAAAUAUAUUGAAAAUAGUUUGCCCAUCUACGCAUAAAACUUUCUCGUAUGAACGAUUUACCGCCA